GUCUUACCUACCACUCUCUCUGUCGUCCACCAUGGCUGUCGAUUACAGCCUAUUUGGAGGCGCGGAAUCCCUCGAUGAGGGUCGAACGCUGACUGGACAGACAUGGGAUGGUCGUGCGCCGCGCAGGACGUUUGCGGCGAAGGAGGGAUCUAAUCCUGAUGUGUAUGCGCAUACGAAGCCGCCUAUGGAUCCUAAGGAUUUCUUGUGGCUUAUGACGGAGGAGCCGCAUCGAAGUCGGCGCAUGGCGAUUAUGAAAGCUCACCCCGAGGUAACAAAACUAAUGGGCCACGAGCCGCUCACCAAGUGGGUCGUCCUGGGCGUCGUAUCCCUCCAACUCGCGUGCGCCAUCGCCCUGCGCAACACCUCCCCGCUCUCGCCAUGGUUCCUCCUGACGGCCUACGCCAUCGGCGGCACCGCGAACCACAACCUCUUCCUCGCCAUCCACGAGAUUACGCACAACCUCGCGUUCAAGGGUAUCGCCCCCAACAAGCUCCUCGCCAUCUUUGCCAACCUGCCUAUUGGGAUACCGUAUUCGGCGGCGUUCAAGGGGUAUCAUAUUGAACACCAUAAAUUUAUGGGACAGGAUGGGAUUGAUACGGAUUUACCGACCAAGGUCGAGUUGAUGUUGUUGAAUAAUGUGUUGGGGAAGGUGUUCUUUGCAACAUUCCAAAUCCUCUUCUACGCCCUCCGCCCAACCUUCAUCCGAGCACAAAAGCUCACAAAAUGGCACGGCCUCAACAUCCUUGCGCAGCUCAUCUUCGACUACGCCCUCGUCUCCCUCUUCGGUCUCAAACCCCUCAUCUACCUCAUCAUGUCCUCCUUCUUCGCGGGCAGCCUGCACCCCUGCGCCGGCCACUUUAUCGCGGAGCACUACCUCUGGGACGGCCUCGAGCAGGAGACGUACAGCUACUACGGCCCCCUCAACAUCCUCGCUUAUAACGUGGGGUAUCAUAAUGAACACCAUGAUUUCCCGUCGAUUCCGUGGACGAGGUUGCCGGCUCUUAGGAAGCUUGCGCCAGAGUUUUAUGAUACGAUCCCGUCGCAUCCGUCGUGGCCGAUGGUUAUUGUUAAUUUUAUUAGGGAUAAGGAGGUGGGGAUUUAUGCGAGGGCGAAGAGGCUUGCCAAGGGGGCUAAAGUGUGUGCGGUGGAUGAUGCGGAUAAGUGCGAGUAG